AUGACUCUGCUGUGGCUUAUACCAUUUCUUCUUCAUCAAGGAUAUACGUUAGUUCCUGUCAUCACAGUUCAGCUUGGAGAGCCUAUAACUUUGACUUGCCAUUUAACUGGAAAGGUUCAGGUUCACUGGUACAAGCAGAGUGUGGGAAAUACUCUACAACUAAUUGCAAAGGUGUAUCAAAGUGUGACUCCCAUCUAUGCACAGGGAUUUUCAGCAUCAAGAUUUGAAAUUACAUAUAAUGAAAACAAAAGCAACUUGAUCAUUUUGUCAACAGUUCAACAAGAUGAGGGGAUGUAUCACUGCGCUCAUAUGGACUGGACUCAAUCUACUUGGACUGGGACUUAUUUGACCUUGAGAGGAAACUCUCAGAAGACAUCAACCUACACUGUUGUUCAGGAGAAAUCCGUUUCUGAUCCCACUGGUCCAACAAACUUAGAGACUCUGCAGUGUUCAGUCCUGUCUUACUCUGAAAACAGAACCUGCUCAGGAGAACCUAGUGUGUUCUGGUUCAGAACCAGAUCAGAAACAUCCUAUCCAGACGUCAUCUACAUCGAUGAAAAAAGAAAUCAAAAUUGUGAAAAGCAAUCAAACAAUCAGAAGAAAUGUGGUUACAACUUCUCUAAGAACGUCAGCUCCUCUGAAGCAGACACCUAUUAUUGUGCUGUGGCUACAUGUGGAGAGAUAAUAUUUGGAAAUGGAACCAAGGUGGCGAAGAGCAAUCAAGAGAAAACAAGUGGUGAAAGGACUGUGUGGAUGAUCACUUUAAUCAGCUUGGCCAUUUCUGUGAUCUUCAAUAUUAUUUCUAUUUUUUACUGUUCUCAAAGAUCAGUCUGUACCCAAUGUAAAGAAAGUUUCUCUUCUGAAGCAAAUAGCAGGGACUUAAGCCAACCAAUAAAUGAGAGUGAAAAUAGACAGGAUCUAAAUUAUGCUGCAUUGUAUUUCUCUGGAGGGAAGGAGCAAAAAGGAAAGAAGAAAAGGGAAAUGAAGACCGAAGAAAGGAUAUAUUCAAAAGUGGUUUUCAAUAGUGAUAUUUAACAUAGGAAUAUGAUUGACAAGUCAAGUGAUACAUGUCAGUAUCAUAAAAUCUAGACUUAUGCUGAAUGCUGACAUUCUGAAUUAUAUAAUCACAGAUCAGUCUGUGCACAAAAAUAAUGUUUUGUAAAUAUGUAGCAAGGUUUACUGUUUUAACAGGAUAGUAUUGGUUGAAAGAAAUAUUUGUCUGUCUUGGAAAAUAAU